UUUUUAAACGCCCCGCGGUUGAGUUUGUGGAUUUAUGACUCGGAGUUCGUGCCAUGACCCUGCAUUAGCUGCGUGGGCUGAAUAAAUCAAGCCUGAUUAGAAAGAAAUAUCACUUUACACAAACGUGCAACUGAGCACUUAAUAUUUACAAAGCAGUGACGAACAGGUUAUAGUAGUAAAGGGUUCGGAAAUAAGAAUUAAUAGCUAACAGAAUAACUGAAUGCACGUUGGGGAAAUCUAGGUUAAAUACCAAGAUGAGCCUGGAAGUGGAGAGAAAGUUUAUAUGCGACGCUGACACUCUGAAGACUCUGGAGGAGCUCGGGGCCGUCUGUGUUGGUCAGCAACAGUUUCUAGACCAGUAUUUUGACAACCCCCAGUUUGAUUUGACAUUGAGAGACAUGUGGCUGCGUAAACGUAAAGGAUGCUGGGAGCUCAAGUGUCCAGCAGAGGAGACGAGUGGGGAGCAAAGUAGAGCGGCAGCACUGUGCACUCGCUACAAGGAGAUAAUCACCCUGCAUGAAAUUCAGCUGAGAGUGGCAGAAGUCAUCCCAGACGUUUGUGAGGACAGAGACGCAGAGACGGCCUCCUCACACCAGGACGAGUCUUGGCUGAGCAGAAGGAAUCUGGCAUGCUUUGCAGAGUUUACGACAGUGAGGCAGUCGUUCAAUUUAGAGGAGGGGGGCGUGCAGAUAGAUCUGGACCAGGCGGACUUUGGCUACCAUGUGGGGGAGCUAGAGGUGGUCGUACCUGAGGGAGGAGAUGUGCAGGCCGCUCUGGAGAAGAUUGAAAGAACAGCUCAAAAGCUGGGUCUGACCGGAGAUCAGCGAGUUGAGGGAAAAAUGACGAUUUUCCUCAAAAGAUAUCACCCAGAGCACUACGCGAAAUUGCUAAGUGCGCACAUUUUGUGAGAGACCACUGAUGGUUUUAACAUGUGUGUAAAGUGAGAUAUUAUUUAUUAGAAAAACAUUAUCUAAAAUGUGCCAGUAACUUUAGGGAUGCUCAAAGUUGACGUGUAUCUCUAAGACAUUUCCUGUACAUUCAAGUUGGGUAAAGCAACAGACCUUUCCUCUCAACCUGAACUUUAUUGGCCAAUAUAUUGUAAAACAACAGUUGUGUGAGAGUAACUGUAAAUACUGAAAAUAAACAGGGUGACAUACUCUCCAUUUACCAUCAAUGAUGAUUGUUUUGUACUGCGAUGUUAUGAUUAGACAGACAGCACCAGAUAAAGAGCUGGUGACUAUGUUUAUUCUCAAACCACAAUCUGAUGGUCUCAGACUUUUUCUUCUGUCAGAAGUUACUGCUUCGUGUGCUGGAAUCAACAGCUGCAACAUUCCUCUUGUCUUUUAACAACAGUUCAAACUCACGUCAAGUUUUCACAAUUAAAAAUCUUUACAUCCA